CACUCCCACACUUAUUUGCUAAGUAAGACAAGGAGGAAGGUCUCCUCACUCCCACCCCUAUCACUCAGCUCGACCCAGCCCCCAAAGAGAGAGAGGAAGAGUUCUGAAAAUCCUCCAUCUCCAUAGCCAAGAAAGCUCAAACAAGCAAGGAGCUCAAGGGAGAAGAUUAUAGGAGGAGAGAGCUAGGAAGAAGUGUGAAAAUUAAGGCACUUGUAAAGGGUGAUUUAAGAACUUUCACGAAGUUGAAAGAGUCGCCGGAGUUGUCACCGGAGUUCAUCAAAGUUCGCCGGAGUUCCAUCGGAGUUCAACCGGGAAGGGUAGAACUUCACAAUGCUCAUUCGAGGUUGAAGCUCAAGUUGCUAUUCUCACCUUGCUCGGUGAAGUGAUCCAAAGGGAGACGUGAAAUGGAGGGUAGACGCAUGCAGACCAGAAACAAUCCGGGAGGGCAAGCACUGAUAGCUUCUGUUGAAGCUAGCCGGGCUGCAUCUCGAAGCUCUAGAGGUGGAAGAGGAGGCUGUGGAGGCCGUGGAGGUCGUGGGGGCCACCGAGCCCAAACAGUGAGUGAUGGCCACGUGAGUUCGGUGUACGAGACUAACACCGAGGACUACGACUCUACUUAUGUUCCCGAAACGCAGCAUGAGGAGACCCCAUAUGAUGGGGGCGAUUUCCACACCGAUGAUGAAAAUGAUGAUGAGAGUGAUGCCAGGUUUGCCCAAAUGGGGGAACUUCUAGCGUGGUAUCAAAAGGAGAAACAGAGGAGAGACAUGAGACGCCAAGCGAGGCGUGCUUCUCAAGGUGUUUCGGCCCAAGGAAGCCGGGGAGCUUCAAGGGCCACACCGGUGGUGCCACAAGGUGGGCAUGAAGGAGGUUUUGUGGUGAGAAUCUCCAAAUACCUCAAGGAGGCUAGGGCCUUGGGGUGUAGGUCCUUUGACGGCACCGGCGACAUUACCGUUGCCGCCGAUUGGAUCAAGAAGGUGAAGGAUGCAUCGAGAGACAUGCAAAUUUCACCGGACGUGAAGCUAACCGUCGCUUCACGGUUGCUUGAGGGGAUGGCUUCUACAUGGUGGGAAGGUGUGGAAGGGAAAUGCCGCGGGGACAUCUCAUGGGAGAAUUUUGAGCGGGAAUUUUAUGCCCAAUACUACUCCGAUUUCGAGGUUAAUGUGAAAAGGAGGGAGUAUACCAACCUCAAGCAGAAGGAGGGUUGCACCGUUAAACAACUAGAGCAAGAGUUUAGAACCUUGGCUAGGUUCUUACCGGAGUAUGCGAUUGAUGAGGACCGCAUGACUGAGCACUUCUGGGAUGCUUUACUCUUAGACAUCCGAGAUCGUGCUACGUACUCACGCCUCAUGACUUUUAGUGAGGUGGUAGAACAAGGCAUGCCGGGGGGAGGCCCAGUGGAAUGAAAGGAAAGCAAGAGAUGCCGAAGAGGCAAAGAAGAGGAAGUGGAAUAGUUCGGGGCCGCCCGAUCAUUCCCGAAGGAACAACCACGGUGGUGGUGGUGGUGGCUCAUUCAAGGCACCGGCUCCACCGGCAAAGAAGAAUAGGGACGCGAGGUGGCACGGACCUAGGCCACAAAACCCGGGGGCACCUAGAUGUCCCAAUUGCUCAAAACAGCACUUUGGGAAGUGCAAUGAACCACCGAGAUGUUUUAAAUGCGGGAAUGCGGGCCAUAUGAAGGCCAAUUGCCCUCAAUUGAUGCAAGAGAGCGCAUCGGGAGCCGGGGGAGGGGCCAUGACGGGAAGGAACCGUGCGGGACCGUCGCACGGUGGCACGGGAAGAGGCGGCGCGUCAACAAGCAAUGCCGCGUCCGUUAACCAAGGCGGGGCCCAAGCGAGGGUCUACGCGAUGACCGAGGCCGAUGCCCGGGCUAACCCCGACUCCGUUGCAGGAACCUUAAAGAUCAAUGGUAGAAACGCAAGAAUUCUCAUUGAUACCGGGGCACAACGUUCAUUUGUGAGUGAAGCGUUUGCCGAAAGUUUAGGCGUACCGUUGAUAGCAAUGACCCAACCCUUGUUGGUCUCUACACCGUUGGGAGACGAUGUGGAGAGGAAACACUAUUAUCCAUCGUGUGAGAUAGAAGUAACGGGUCAACCCCUGACUUGUGACUUUGUACCUCUAAGUAUGUUGGAAUUCGAUGCAAUCCUGGGGAUGGAUUGGCUCGAGAAGUAUCAUGCUCGGGUAGAUUGCUACGCCAAGGUGUUAGAGCUCGAAGAUCCUGAUGGAAACGCUCUACGUUUCGAGGGAGAUCGGGGAGGAUCUCAUAGCUGUAUCAUAUCCGUGAUGAGGGCACGGAAGAUGAUGAAGAAGGGAUGCCACGCAUACCUUGCUUACGUGGUGGACGAAACAAAGAAGGAGGCUGACAUCAACGAUGUACGUGUCGUGUGCAAGUAUCCGGAUGUCUUUCUCAAAGACUUGCCGGGACUUCCACCCGAUAGAGAGAUCGAGUUUGUGAUCGAAGUAGAGCCGGGAACAAAACCCAUUUCGAUUCCUCCUUAUCGAAUGGCACCGGCAGAGCUUCAAGAAUUGAAGCUCCAAUUGCAAGAGCUAUUGGACAACGGCUUCAUUAGACCUAGUCAUUCACCGUGGGGAGCACCGGUACUCUUCGUGAAGAAGAAGGAUGGUACAUUGAGAAUGUGCAUAGACUACCGACAGUUGAACAAGGUCACAAUCAAGAAUAGGUAUCCUUUACCGAGGAUUGAUGACUUGUUCGAUCAACUUCGGGGGGCUAUGGUGUUCUCAAAGAUUGAUUUGAGGUCGGGUUAUCAUCAGUUGAAGAUCAAGGAGAGUGACAUACCCAAGAGUGCAUUCCGCACUAGAUACGGUCACUAUGAGUUUCUUGUGAUGUCAUUUGGGUUAACCAAUGCACCGGCAGCAUUCAUGGACUUGAUGAACCGAGUGUUUAGUGAAUACUUAGAUCAAUUUGUGAUAGUAUUCAUUGAUGACAUCUUGAUAUACUCCCAGAACGAGGAGGAGCAUGAAUACCACUUGAGACUUGUACUUGAACGACUUAGAGAAAAACAACUCUUUGCCAAGUUCUCCAAAUGUGAAUUUUGGCUUAAAGAGAUUGGCUUUCUCGGGCAUGUCAUAUCCGGUUCGGGCGUUGCUGUGGAUAACGCCAAGAUAAAAGCCAUCAUUGAUUGGGAGAGACCCAAAAUUGUGAAAGAAAUACGUAGUUUCCUUGGCCUAGCGGGAUACUAUCGUAAGUUCGUAGAGAAAUUUUCCGUGUUGGCAUCUCCAUUGACGAAGCUCACAAAGAAGGGGGCUAAGUUUAUAUGGGAUGACAAAUGUGAGAAAGGGUUUCUUGAACUGAAGAAACGACUCACCGAGGCACCAGUUCUUACUCUACCCAAGCAGGGGAUAUGGUACUGUUGAGUUUAAUCCAACACGAUAUAGUAAAUAUAUGUAUGAACACUCAGUUUUUACGUGGAAACCCGAAAGGGAGAAAACCACGGGACUUUUUAGGCUAAUGUCCAAGCCCUCUCCUUCUCAUUAGGACUCUCCUCACAAUUACAUUGUACAAGCUCCCAUUAAUGGAGUAUUGAGCUAAGUCUAAAAGAAUGAGGGAGGUGGAGCUAAAAGAGGAUCCCCAAAACAUGGAGGGAAGCCUCAUAUUUAUAGGGGAAAGGGGAAGGGUGCCCUCCACCCUAAUGGGCCAAACGGGCCGAUGCCGGGCCUAAUGGCCAAAGUGGGCCAGAAUGGGCCGAAAUGGACCUAGCUGCUCGGGCUCCGUACUGGAUAAUGUCUUGGGCCCCUGAACAGUAAUAGGCCGGGAUAAUAUAUCCCAACAGGUACGAUAUCUAUAGCGAUGCUAGCACCCAAGGACUUGGGUGUGUGUUGAUGCAAAGGGGUAAGGUGAUUGCCUACGCUUCAAGGCAAUUGAGGAAACAUGAAGUGAACUACCCUACUCACGAUCUAGAGUUGGGGGCAGUGGUGUUUGCACUGAAAAUUUGGAGGCAUUAUCUCUACGGGGAGACAUGUCACAUUUAUACCGAUCACAAGAGCUUAAAAUAUGUAUUCACUCAGAAAGAGUUGAAUAUGAGACAGAGGAGAUGGAUGGAGUUGAUCAAGGACUACGACUUGAUCAUCGAGUACCAUCCCGGAAAGGCCAAUGUAGUGGCCGAUGCACUGAGCAGGAAGAGUACGUCAGGGACGUUACUCACAUGUCUACAGGCAUUGAGGGCACGCGUAGAGGUGUCCGCGUGUGGGACCCUCAUUGCUAGAUUCGAGGUUAGGCCUAUGUUGCUGAGUGAGAUCAGUAGAUGUCAGGCCGUUGAUGAGGAAUGUCAGAGGAUCCGUGAACGGAUCCUUGAGGGACCCGUUGAGAACUUUCGUAUACGUGAUGAUGGUCUGUUGUUAUUUAAGGAUCGUGUUUGCAUACCAAAGGAUGAAGAGCUCCAAAGGUCCAUACUAGAGGAGGCUCAUUCUUCGGCCUAUGCCAUGCAUCCAGGGGGUACUAAGAUGUACCGGGACUUGAAAGAAAGUUAUUGGUGGUCAGGUAUGAAGAGGGACAUCGCAGAAUACGUGAGCCGAUGCCUUACUUGACAACAAGUUAAGGCGGAGCAUCAGCACCCAGCGGGGCUUUUGCAACCACUUACCAUUCCAGAAUGGAAGUGGGAGCAUGUGACCAUGGACUUCGUGGUAGGGCUACCCCGGACAGUGAACAACUACGACGCCGUUUGGGUAGUGGUUGAUAGGCUCACCAAGAGCGCACACUUCUUACCUAUCAACAUUACUUACCCUCUUGAAAGGUUGGCCAAGUUAUAUGUGGAAGAGGUUGUGAGAUUGCAUGGAGUCCCGAUAUCCAUUGUCUCGGAUAGGGAUCCACGAUUCACAUCCAGGUUUUGGCCAAAGUUUCAAGCAUCAUUGGGUACUAAACUGAAGUUUAGCACAGCCUUUCACCCACAGACAGAUGGACAAUCUGAGCGGGUGAUACAGAUUUUGGAAGACAUGCUUAGGGCAUGUGCCUUGGAGUUCCAAGGGAGUUGGGACAAACACCUGGCUUUAGUGGAGUUUGCCUAUAACAACAGUUAUCAGGCAAGUAUUGGCAUGCCUCCGUACGAGGCACUGUACGGGAGGAAGUGUAGGACACCAUUGUGUUGGGACGAGGUUGGUGAGGCCAAGCUCGAGGGAAUAGAACUUGUUGAGAUCACCAAGGCUAAGGUGAAAAUCAUUCGUGACAGACUUAAGGCUGCCCAAGAUCGGCAGAAGAGCUAUGCAGACAAACGGCGAAGGCCGUUAGAGUUUGAGGUCGGGGAUGAAGUUUUUCUAAGAAUUUCUCCUUGGAAAGGUAUCAUCCGAUUCGUAUCAAGGGGUAAGCUUAACCCCCGAUACAUUGGUCCGUUUGAAAUCCUGGAGAGGAUUGGGGCCGUAGCUUAUCGUCUCAAGUUAACACCGGAACUUGAGAAGAUUCAUGAUGUGUUUCAUGUAUCGAUGCUCAAGAAGUAUGUGCGGGACCCGUCACAUAUUCUUGAGAAGCCACCGGUGGAGAUCCGAGAAGACUUGCAAUACGCAGUAGAACCGGUAAAGAUAGUGGGCCAACAGGUAAAGCAGCUUAGGAACAAGGAGAUUCCUAUGGUGAAGGUGCUUUGGAGGAGUGAUCGAGUCGAAGAAGAAACCUGGGAGACCGAGGUCUCAAUGAGGGAGCAAUACCCGUUUCUUUUCGAUUAGACACGUGGAUUUCGGGGACGAAAUCCCAAAUAAGGGGGGGUGAACUUGUAACACCGUCCCCAAAUAUAUUUACCGUUAUGUAAAUUAUGUAUUGAAUAUGGUGUAUUGAGUAAUGAAUAUACGAGGUUGUAAAUUUUUGUUAUUUCCUUUGCGUGAAUAGUAAAUUCCACGUGGGGCCCACACUCGGAGCGGGGGUAACCCGAUAACACGAGACCACAUGUUAUAUUCAUCUUGGUCUAGAUAAUAGUUACAUAGUGGUGGACAUUCAUAAUGGGCCAUGAUAAAGGCAUUGGGUUGACCGGUUUGGCAAAUAGGGCCCAAUUACCGGUAUUGGUAAUUUAACAUACAACAGCCCGAAAUGAAUUUCGGGGGCUUAUAAAUUAAAGUUGGGGAAUGUAUAUUCAUUAUGAGGGUCAUAAUGAUUGAAAACACAUAAUAUAUUUUAUUUGACCAGAUAAAAUAAAAUAUAGUUAAACUAGUCCGAGAAAUACAACUUUCGGGGCCGAAUGUACACGUCGGGACAACAUGGGAUGACCUCCCACAUGAGUGGGGGCCACCCCACGUUUUUAUGGGCUAUUGAGACAAGGGAGGGCUGCUCAAUGUCAUAGGCAGGUGGCUGGAUGAUUUAAUUGGCAUCAAACAAGUGUGGACCUCACUCCCACACUUAUUUGCUAAGUAAGACAAGGAGGAAGGUCUCCUCACUCCCACCCCUAUCACUCAGCUCGACCCAGCCCCCAAAGAGAGAGAGGAAGAGUUCUGAAAAUCCUCCAUCUCCAUAGCCAAGAAAGCUCAAACAAGCAAGGAGCUCAAGGGAGAAGAUUAUAGGAGGAGAGAGCUAGGAAGAAGUGUGAAAAUUAAGGCACUUGUAAAGGGUGAUUUAAGAACUUUCACGAAGUUGAAAGAGUCGCCGUAGUUGUCACCGGAGUUCAUCAAAGUUCGCCGGAGUUCCAUCGGAGUUCAACCGGGAAGGGUAGAACUUCACAACGCUCAUUCGAGGUUGAAGCUCAAGUUGCUAUUCUCACCUUGCUCGGUGAAGUGAUCCAAAGGGAGACGUGGUUCGUGCUUCCUUUAAUGUUUUAAACUACAAACUUGCUCAUGGAUAUUUUUGUAAUAAAUACAUUUGUUUUAGGCCUGCGUGCCUACGUUUUGGCCAUGUGUGGCCCAUGAUUGAAUAUUGAAUAUUUCCGCUAUUCGUUCAAUCCUAUGGUGUGAUGUUGUUAUGUA